AGCCCUGGCGGCUCCCCCUCAGGUCCCUGCACCUGAAACAGGUACAGGGAAGGUGCGCCCACACUCACAGCAUGUUCAAGACAUGAGCAAGCGACUCCUCGUCAUGUAUGUGUUUGUGGCUGUGUCGUGCAUGUGAGGGCAUGUGUGGCAGGAGGGAGCCCCUGAGCACACGGAGGUCCCCAGCCCCUCUUCCAAGGACAGGUAAUUGCAGGUGGGGCAGGAGGAAGAGGGUGGGGGGUCUCCCUGGAUCUCACAGGGGUUCAUGCAGCCUGACUUGGCCACCACCCCACCCCUCCCUUUCCUGUUCCUCAUCUCCGGCCAAACUGGCCCUAAUUGUGGAGGAGGAGGGGCCUGCAUGGGUCUGGGAGGGGCCCAGCGAGGGUGCUUUCACCCCCUCCUCACCUGGGCCUAGCCAGAAGCAGGAGGACCCCAACUUGGGAAGGUGGUGUGAAGCUCCCAUGAAAAAGCAUCGCAGUCCUGAGCCAGACCCAUGCUCUCUGGUCUCAGUUUCCCCACUUAUGAAAUGGCAAUGCUGAACUAAGUGACCUCCCAGAGCACUGCCAGGCGAGACAAUCCAGCUGGGGUGUGUGGUGGGGUGAGGGUGGGCGUGGAGGCUAUGGCAGUGGGAGGAGGGAGUCCUGGACCCGGACCAGGGAGGCCCUGGGGAACGGAAGGGAAACGAGAGGCCAGGGGGAAAGGAGGAGGGGGAGGAAGUCCCCUCCUGGCCAGGUCACUCCCAGAGGCUGGGCUGGGCCAGGGCGGGGCAGCCGAUGGAGAGCAGAUCUGAGCACCCAGCCACCUUCACGCCACUGCCCAGCUGCCCAGGAGCCCAGGAGCCCUGCCAGGUACCGGCCACAGUGGCACCUCUGCCUUCAGAACACCUGCCACAGCCCCACCAUGCUCAUGGCAUCCACCACCUCCGCUGUGCCUGGGCACCCCUCUCCGCCCAGCCUGCCCAGCAACAGCAGCCAGGAGAGGCCGCUGGACACCAGGGACCUGCUGCUGGCCCGGGCAGAGCUGGCGCUGCUCUCCAUAGUCUUUGUGGCCGUGGCCCUGAGCAACGGCCUUGUGCUGGCGGCCCUAGCACGGCGGGGCCAGAGGGGCCACUGGGCACCCAUGCACAUCUUCAUUGGCCACUUGUGCCUGGCCGACCUGGCUGUGGCUCUGUUCCAAGUGCUGCCCCAGCUGGCCUGGGAUGCCACCGACCGCUUCCAUGGGCCGGAUGCCCUGUGUCGGGCCGUGAAGUAUCUGCAGAUGGUGGGCAUGUACGCUUCCUCCUACAUGAUCCUGGCCAUGACACUGGACCGCCACCGCGCCAUCUGCCGUCCCAUGCUAGCUUACCGCCACGGAGGUGGGGCUCACUGCAACCGGCCGGUGCUGGUGGCUUGGGCCUUCUCGCUCCUUCUCAGCCUGCCCCAGCUCUUCAUCUUCGCCCAGCGUGACGUGGGAAAUGGCAGCGGGGUCGUUGACUGCUGGGCCAGCUUUGUGGAGCCCUGGGGCCUCCGUGCGUACGUCACCUGGAUCGCCCUGAUGGUGUUCGUGGCGCCUACCCUGGCUAUCGCCGCCUGCCAGGUCCUCAUCUUCCGGGAGAUUCAUGCCAGUCUGGUGCCAGGACCAUCAGAGAGGACUGGGGGGCGCCGCCCGGGAUGCCACACAGGCGGCCCCAGCGAGGGAGCCCGUGUGUCGGCAGCUGUGGCCAAGACCGUGAGGAUGACGUUGGUGAUUGUGGUAGUCUAUGUGCUGUGCUGGGCGCCCUUCUUCCUGGUGCAGCUGUGGGCCGCGUGGGACCCGGAGGCGCCUCGAGAAAGGCCACCCUUUGUGCUGCUCAUGUUGCUGGCCAGCCUCAAUAGCUGCACCAACCCCUGGAUCUACGCGUCCUUCAGCAGCAGCGUCUCCUCGGAGCUGCGCAGCUUGCUCUGCUGUGCCCGGAGGCGCACCCCACCCAGCCUGAGUCCCCAGGAUGAGUCCUGCACCACCGCCAGCUCCUCCCUGGCCAAGGACACUUCAUCCUGAAGAGCGGCUGGGUGUCUUGCCUCCAGAAGCUUUGAGAAGCUCAGCUGCCUUCCUGGAGUCCACUGGGAGGGGGACCCAUGGAGAGCCAGCAAGAGCCUGGGGCCCUGAGCUAGCACAUUGUGUGGCCCUGGACAAGCCGCAUCCCCUGCCUGGGUCUCCACAUCCUUAGCUGCAUGAGGAAGGCCUCAGGUCCCAGAACUGUGGGGUCCUCAGGUCAGCUCACUGUGCUGGGUGUGGGAGGGCUGCAGCAGAGGGCUGAGGGGCAGGAAGGAGGGAGCAGGUGCCCCCAGGUGAGAGAGUGGUCCCGGGCCCCUCUAAUCCCUCCCUUCCUCCCUCCGUUCUCAUUCUCUCCCUAAUAAAAGUUGCAGCUCAUCCUCCACAU